ACUUGGAAGAGAAAAUGUGAAUAUAAAAAAGCUUUAGAAAGUGAAAAUAAGUUCAGUGAAUCCUAAUCAAGCAUAAGAAGCAAGAAAACCCUCUUUUAAUAGGAAGAAGAUUGUCAGGUAAAGACAGACUCUCAAAUAUACAAAACAUUAAAAAGAAGGGCAAAAGAAGCUUUAAAACACCACAAGAAGAGUUUAAAGAUAUGGAAGAUAAUCAUAAUGGAAAAUAACAACGAAGCAUAUAAUAUGACCUUUGUAGCCAGAGAUAAUCAUUCUUCAGAUAGAAGAAGUCAGUCGAAGAAAAGGAACUUAAAGAAGGAAGAAGAUAAAGAACAAUCCUUCAAUAGAGAAAUAAAUGUCCAACCGAAGAAUCCUCAACCUGUUUUACCCAGAAAAAUUAUUGUUUUCAAAAGAAUAAAAACAGCAAAACCAAAACUGGUAGCGGAAAAGUUAAGAAUUUAUAAAAAGAGUGUGGCGAACCUAAGAGAAAAACAUAACAGAAGGCAACAAAGAUUUCAAAAUAAAGCAAAUCAUAAUGCUUCACAAGCCCAAUGAAUCGAAGACAGGUGUUACCAAACCCAGAACUUCAAGGAAACUAUAUAUGAAAUCCCAGAAAACUCUGAAAAUCUCAGGCACAAUAUCAAAAAUCUCUAGACCCUAACCCAAAUUUUCAAAGACAGAUUGAAGAAUCAAAGAACUUUCCACCGAAAAAUAAAUUUUCUCCUUUACCAUCAGAACAAAAGAAACCACAUUUACCAAAUACAAGCGAGAAGUGUUCUUUACCUCCAAUAAAAAGAAAAAUAUAAAAGAAGCAUCCUCUUUUAAAGGCUUCAAAGCUUCUGAAAGCAACAGAGAACAAUCACCAAUGUUUCAUCAACUCAAGCAAGAAAAUAUGAAACUUGCUGAAAAAGUGAAGGCUCUAGAGGCCAAGCUUGAGGAAGAAAGGAAGAUCAAUGAGGAGCUUCAGCAAACAAUCCAAAGUGCUGUGAAAGAAAAGAAUCAAAGUGAAGAAAGAAAAAAGAAGAUUGAAUCUGCUCAUAAUGGAUUGAUUGUCGAAUUUCGCAUGAAAUCAGAGCAAACUAGCAGAAUCGCCCUUGUAAAUCAUGUAUUAAGAAAUCAAAACAAAGAAUUUACAAGCAAAAGAGAGGAAAAUAAUAUGAGAAUGUGUUCAACACAAGGCUUCACCCAAACCCUAAACGAACUCAAACAUGAAAACAAGAAACUCCUCAAUGAAAACACGCUCAAAGACGAAGAAAUAACCUCACUCAAGAGCCAGCUCAGCUCCUUCAAAACCAAUCUCCAAACAUUCAUCACCAAAAUCCCAGAUUUCUAAUCCUACUUUUCCCACUUAAUCCAUCAAUAGUCC